AUGGCCCACUCACCUCAUUCUCACCACGAUCAACAGGCCUCGACCAACUACAAGGAAGCUUUCUCGCUAUUCGACAAGCGCGGCACCGGCAAGGUCGCCAUCGAGUCGCUGGGCGAUCUCCUCCGCGCCUGCGGGCAGAACCCCACGUUGGCGGAAAUCGCGGAUCUGGAGAAGAGCGUUGGCGGAGACUUUGAUUUCGAGUCGUUCUUGAAGGUUCUCAACCGCCCGGGAGGAUUCCGCGACCCCGGCGAGCCCGAGGAAUACACCCGUGGAUUUCAAGUGUUCGAUAAGGACUUGACUGGGUUUAUUGGGGUCGGCCAACUGCGCUACAUUCUCACGAACCUGGGCGAGAAGAUGUCCGACGAGGAAGUCGAUGAGUUGCUGAAGGCCGUUGACACUAGCUCCGGCGAGAUCAACUAUACCGAUCUCGUCCGCACCAUCCUUGCCAACUAA